CCAGAACGCUGCCACAGCGAAGAUGAGGCUUGUGAUGACAUUUGUGCUAGCAGCGCGGUAGGAGAAGUUACCACUCCACAGGGAAACUGUAGCUACCACCGCAGAACUGGAGUAAACUGCUCAUGUCGUCUUUGGCGAGCGCGGAGCGACGUGCGUUCGCUCUGAAAAUCAACAGACACUCGUCUGCUGAGAUCAGGAGACACUUCGGUGGGAACUAUGGGUCCCCCCAGGUCUCCAAGCAACAUAGUCGUCACAGCUCCAACGCAUCAGUCUCCACUUGCUCCACCGUGCCCCAGUCAUAUGACGCGGUGGAGCCCUUGGACCUGGAAGAGUUUCUGAUGUCACAGCUACAGAGUGGAGACUCCGCCCUCAUGCAGGAGCUUGGAGAUUUCCCCGACGACGACCUGGAAGUAGAACUGGUGGAGAAGGAGUGUCGGACCGUACGCCACUCUGUGCCGGAGGAGGGGGUGGAGUUGGAUUCCCAUGUCAGGGACUGUGUUCAGAGUUACACCCAACCCUGGCUGAUGGUCAGCAGGAGGUGCCAGGGAGAUAGUUGGAGUGCAUAUUCGGAGCGGGCAAGUCUACACAAAACUCUGCAGAAACAGACAUUUGAGUCUGACGUGCAGCCAGAGAAACUAGAGACACCGGUGAAGUCCCCGUCCCUGGCGGUACUGAGUGAUGACUCCAGCAGGACCCUGACCUCCUCUGACUUUGACCUCCGCUCUGGUCUGACCCCUGACCCCAGAGUGGAGGGGCUGCUGCACUUCAGUAACCAUGACGACCUGGACAGGUUCAACCAGGAAGCCCGGCAGGGGAACCGCCACCCUGAGCUGUUUGCCCUGUACCCACCCGCCGACGAGGAUGAUGCAGUGGAGAUCCGGCCCAUUCCCGACUGUCCCAAAGAGCACAUGGGCGACCGGAUCAUCAUCCGGUGUCAGGCCAUCAAGUUUGAGAUUGACAUUGAACCACUAUUUGCUACCCUGGCUCUGUACGACCUGAGAGAGAAGAAAAAGAUAUCCGAGAACUUCUACUGUGAUCUGAACUCAGACCAGUUUAAAGGGUUCCUGAAACCCCACACGCCACAGACGGACCACUCCACCCUCUCCCGAGCAGCCAUCUUCUCCAUCACAUACCCCUCCCCAGACAUCUACCUGGUCAUCAAGAUAGAGAAGGUGCUGCAGCAGGGAGAGAUCAGUGACUGUGCGGAACCAUACAUGGUCAUGAAGGAGACGGACUCAGCAAAGAACAAGGAGAAGCUGGAGAAGCUGCGUAAUCAGUCUGAGAUGUUCUGUCAGAGACUUGGUCGCUACCGCAUGCCCUUUGCCUGGGCUACAGUCAACAUCAUGAACGUCAUCAGCACCGCCACACUGGACCGAGACACCACCGACUCUGACAGCCUCAACGGUAAAUCCAGCAGUCUGGAAAAGAGAGGUCAGUUGCCCAGGAGGAACUCAGAGAGGUUCGGUACCAUGGAAGACCAGUGUAACAUGUCUGCCUUCAAACCUGCUACCAUCACCAUCAGCACCUUCUGCAAGCAGGAGGGGGACCGUCUGAGUGAUGAGGACUUGUUUAAGUUCCUGGCAGACAUCAAGAAGUUCUCAUCCCUGCAGAGAAGAAUUAAAACCAUACCAGGUACAAUAAGACUGGAUGUGACUCCGGUCCAUGACAACCCAGUGGCCUGUCUGUCUACUGAGCUGAUCCCAGUCAAACCACUGGCUGAGAAGAACGUCCGACCUGUCAAAGAGGUGUUGGAGUUCCCCUCCAGCGAGGUCUAUGUUCCACACAGCACUUACAGGAACCUGCUCUACAUAUACCCCCAGCGACUCAACUUUGUCAACAGGCUGACUUCAGGAGGAAGGAAUAUCACUAUUAAAAUCCAGUUUAUGAGUGGAGAAGACCCCAGCUGUGUGAUGCCUGUCAUUUUUGGAAAAUCGAAUGGUCCUGAGUUUGUGCAGGAAGUAUACACCCCAGUCACGUACCAUAACAAGUCUCCAGACUUCUAUGAGGAGGUGAAGAUGGUUCUGCCUGCCAGGCUGACUGAGAGACACCACCUGCUGUUCACAUUCUACCACAUCAGCUGUCAACAGAAACAGAACCAGACUGGAGCCAGUGAGACACUCAUCGGUUACUCUUGGCUGCCUAUACUGAGUACUGACAGACUACAGACUGGUCAGUACUGCCUUCCUAUCGCCCUGGACAGAUUGCCUGUCAACUACUCACUGCACUCACCUGAGAGGAUUACCCCUCAGGUUCCUCCAGUCAAGUGGAUGGAAAGUCACAAAGGAGUUUUCAACCUGGAGAUACAGGCUGUGUCCUCAGUACACACACAGGACAACCACUUGGAGCGUUUCUUCACAUUGUGCCAUGCCCUGGAGGGCGGAGUGACGUUCCCUCUCCGGGUUCGGGAAGAAAAGAUUCCGGAGAACAAGCUGGAGCAUGAGCUGAAGCUGAGCAUCAUCUCCCUGUCGUCCUCCAGACUAGAACCUCUGGUCCUCUACCUCCAUCUGGUCUUAGAUAAACUGUUCACCCUCAUCAUGCAGCCCAUGGUCAUCGCUGGACAAACAGCCAACCUGGCCCAGAUAGCGUUUGAGUCAGUGGUGUCAAUCGUCAACAGUCUCCACAACAGCCAGGAGUUGGCCAGGGACCAGCAGGGCAGGAACGGUCUCCUAGCAACAUACCUGUACUGGGUGUUCCGUCUGCCUGACUCCAAUGAGCUCCUUAACACAGGUCCAGGGGGAGUGGUACCUUCCACUGAGGGCCGCUACAGUACUAUGGGGCGGGCCUCGGCCACCACAGUAGGAACCAUGUUACUGCAGUCCCGGCUCCGCAGCAGCAGCAACCCUGAUAUCCCUGCCCCACACAGUGCAGAAGACACAGAGGUGAAAAACAUCCUGUCAGCUAAGGGCCAGAACAACCCAGGCAGUCGUAUGUCGACCUAUGUGGAUGUGAGCAGCCACCCUCAGAGCUCUACGGGCGGGACCCGGCCCUCCAACAGAAAACAGUUCCAUGAAGAGUUGGCUCUACAGAUUGUGGUCAGCACAGGAGUCUGCAGAGAGAACGCAUAUAAAUAUGCCUGGUUCUUCUUUGAACUGUUGGUGAAGAGCAUGGCCCAGCAUGUGUCUCUGGAGAAGCAAGACGUCCCUCGCAGGAGCCGCUUCUCAGACCGCUUCAAAGAUGAUGUCACAACCAUCGUCUCUGUGGUUACUGCUGAGAUAGGGACCAUCCUGGUCAAACAGCAGAAGGAGUUGGAGCAGGCAGAGAAGGUGAACAUCAGCCUGGCCUUCUUCCUGUAUGACCUGCUGUCUCUAAUGGACCGAGGCUUUGUCUUCAUCUUGGUCAAAAACUACUGCAACCAGAUGUCGACAAAGACCGUUUCCAUGCCAACCCUGAUUAGCAUGCGAUUGGAGUUCCUGCGUAUCCUGUGCAGUCACGAGCACUACCUCAACCUCAGCCUUUACUUCAGUAGCCCUGCUUCUGCACCCGUCUCUCCAUGCCCAUCCAUCUCCUCACAGAGCUCCAGUUCCUGUAGUUUCCAGGAGCAGAGGAUCCUGGGGCUGUUUGAGCUGUCCCAGGAGUUUAAACAGCAGCACUACCUCGCUGGUCUACUGCUCACUGAGCUCAGCGCUGCACUGGACAUGGAGUCAGAGGGGGGUAAGGUCCAGAAGAAGGCCAUCAACGCCACCUACAGUCUCCUGUGUGCCCAUGACCUGGACCAGCGCUGUACCCGUCCUGACGUCCGGGCCAAGGUGGCCACUCUCUACCUCCCCCUGGUGGGCAUCAUCAUUGACUCCAUCAACUACCUGGACUUCACAGUGUCCGAGGCUCGCGGAGGGAAGAGCAAGACCGGAGGGUCAGACGAAGACCCCGACAACAUCCCGCCCAUUAAUCAGUCUAUUGCUAUGGCAAUCGCCGGCAAUCCCUUCAACACCUUGGCGAGGAAUGCCCUGGCUUCCAUGGCAUCUGUGGCUGUUCCAUUGGCUGACUGUAAGGAAAGUGUUGUGGGUGGUGUGUUGAGGGUGUUGCUACACUGUCUCACCUGCAACCAGAGUACAACCUUUCUGUCUCACUGCUUCAGCACACUGCGAGCACUCGUCGUCAAGUUUGGUGACCUGUUAUUUGAAGAGGAAGCCGAGCAGUGUGCAGACCUGUGUCAGAAGGUGCUCCAGCACUGUAGCAGUCCUGUGGAUGGAAAUAGAAGCCAGGCCUGCGCUACCCUAUACCUCAUCAUGAGAUACAGCUUCAGCUCAGCCAAUAACUUCUCCCGGGUGAAGAUGCAGGUGACUAUGUCUCUAGCCUCUCUGGUGGGGAAGUCCUCAGACUUCCAUGAGGAGUACCUCCGCAGGUCCCUACGUACCAUACUGGCCUAUGCAGAGGAGGACACAGAGAUGCAGAACACACCGCUGCCCUCACAGGUGGAUGAGCUGCUGAGGAACUUAAACAGUAUCCUGUCAGACACGGUGAAGAUGAGAGAGUUCCAGGAAGACCCAGAGAUGCUCAUGGACCUCAUGUACAGGAUAGCAAAGGGUUACCAGACGUCUCCUGACCUGAGGUUGACCUGGCUGCAGAACAUGGCGGAAAAACACAAGAACAGGAAGUGUUUUACCGAGUCGGCCAUGUGUCUGGUCCAUGCUGCAGCCCUGGUGGCUGAAUACCUCAGCAUGCUGGAGGACCACAAAUACCUACCUGUGGGCAGUGUCACCUUUCAGAACAUCUCUCCCAAUGUGCUGGAGGAGUCAGCGGUAUCAGAUGACAUACUGUCCCCGGAUGAGGACGGUGUCUGUUCAGGACAAUACUUCACCACCAGUGGUCUGGUGGGCCUACUGAAGCAGGCUGCGGAACUCUUCAGCAACGGUGGUCUGUAUGAGACAGUGAAUGAAGUGUAUAAGAUCAUAAUGCCUGUUCUGGAGGCUCACAGAGAUUUCCGGGAGCUGGUCUCUACUCACGAGAAACUCCAGAGAGCCUUCGACAACAUCAUUCAGAAGGGCCAUAAGAGGAUGUUUGGGACGUAUUUCCGGGUGGGUUUUUAUGGGGCCAAGUUUGGAGACCUGGACGAACAGGAGUUUGUUUACAAGGAGCCAGGGAUCACCCACCUGCCAGAGAUAUCCCACAGACUGGAGAACUUCUACAGUCAGUGUUUUGGCGAUGCCCUGGAGAUGAUCAAAGACUCCAAAGACAUAGACAGAAGCAAACUGGAUGCUAACAAGGCCUACAUACAGAUCACCUACGUGGAGCCCUUCUUUGAUGACUAUGAGAUGAAAGACCGCCUGACCAACUUUGAGAAGAACUUCAACUUGCGUCGCUUCAUGUACACCACGCCCUUCACCAAGGCCGGGCGGCCGCGCGGUGAGCUCAACGAGCAGUACAAGAGGAAGACCAUCCUCACCACCAUGCACACCUUCCCCUACAUCAAGACACGCAUCAACGUCAUCCAGAAAGAAGAGUUUGACCUGACUCCCAUUGAGGUGGCCAUCGAGGACAUGCAGAAGAAGACCAGGGAGUUAGCAGUAGCCACACACAGGGAGCAGCCCGAUGCUAAGAUGCUCCAGAUGCUUCUACAGGGUUCUGUGGGAGCCACCGUCAACCAGGGACCGUUGGAGGUGGCCCAGGUCUUUCUGAAUGAGAUCCCAGCAGACCCCAAGCUCUUCCGCCACCACAACAAACUGCGCCUGUGUUUCAAAGAGUUCAUCAUGAGGUGUGGUGAGGCUGUGGAGAAGAACAAGCACCUGAUCACGUUGGACCAGAAGGAGUACCAACAGGAGUUGAAGAAGAACUACAACCGUCUGAGAGAGAACCUGCGGCCCAUGCUGGAGAGGAAGAUACCCGAGCUCUACAAACCCAUCAAACCACGCCUGGGGAACAGGGAUUCCGUCAAACGGCUCAGUUUCCGCAGAGCACUGGAGGAAAACUCCUGAGACGGCCAGACAGACUUCUCUAUCUGAGGGAAUGCUCCAGAGGCCAGAGAAAAAAGGAUGCUGUAAAAGUAGAAAAGGCGGCAAAGGGAAGAGGGAGAGCAGAAGGGAGCUAACAGUCCUCAUUCACCAUGGAAGAGCAGUACUGUACACAUGAUUACACGGAGGACUUACAAUAAUAUCUGAAUCAAUAACACAACAUUGCUAGUUCUCUUGAGUUCUAUGAUUACUGCUAGUCCUAACGAUGCUGCAAACUACUGUGGGUUUGAGAAAGACGAGUACAAGUUCCACAUUUAAGGGAUACUACAGGAUGUUGGCAAUGAAGCCCUUUAUCUACUUCCCCAGAGUCAAAUGAACUUGUGGAUACCAUUUUUAUGCCUCUGUGUGCAGCUUGAAGGAAGUUGCUAACUAGCGUUAGUUCAACUGCCAACUAGCGUUAGCGCAAUGGCUGGAAGUCUUUGGUAACUGUUGGCAUGCUAGUAGAUGUGUCAAGGACGUAUAAGGUUUUCAAAGUAGCAAAAAAACAACACAGCAAUUACAAUUCCCUAAGGCUUUUUAAAAUGUUAAUUGGAGUGUCACCUAUGCCCAUAUUAGUUAUAUUCAAGAAUAAAGCCAAUAAUUCAUUUUUAUUGUGAUUUCAUAUAAAGGUACCUUACUGUUUUUUAUUUGAUACAUUUUUUUUGCCCAUUUUUCAUAAUCACAAGGUUAAAUAUCCAUGCUUAGACUGGCAGAAAUAGAACUACCCUGAAAAAAUGACAUUUUAUUUUGAAUACCACAUAUUUGAUGUGCCACGGGUACAGCUCAAAAUAUGUUGCAGGUUUUUUACAAAAACCUCUUGCCUUACACUGAAAAAAAUGCAAAAAUCUAUGAAAAUAUCUUUCA